AUGGGUGCCGGCGGUGCUCUCCUUCGCUUCGGCCUUGUUGGCCUGCGUAUCCUCCAGUUCGGAUGCGCUGCAGCAGUUGAGGGUCUCGUUGGCGCUGCAACGCUCUACACGAUCUUCGGCAUCAUCCUCGGUCUGUGCUUGGCAGGCAACAAGUUCUUCGGCUUCCUGGCUGUCUUCCUUGACAUCCUAUUCGUCGGCGCGUUCGCUGCUGUUGCCUACUACACCCGCCACGGCGCAAAUGCCUGCCGCGGUAUUGUCAACACGCCUCUUGGUGUUGGCCGUGCCAACGAUGCUGCUCCUGGCGCCGGCGACUAUGGCUACGUCUGCUCGCUGAACACCGCUGUCUUCGCCGUUUCCAUCCUCGCCAUCUUCCUCUUCUUGGUUACUGCUGCAUGGCAAAUCAUGGUCGUCAAGCACCACCAGAAGGAAAAGCGAUACGGUCCCGGCCCGUCCAACAACUACUCCACCAAGGGUGGCCGUGGCAGCAAGUUCGCAUUCUGGAAGCGCAACAAGGCUACAAAGGGUACUCGCGAUGCGGAGAUGGCUACUGCUCACACCUCAAACCACCACGGUCGUCACUCCACUGAGACUGGUAUGACCGGCUCGACAAUGAACCACGGCGGGUACGCACCAAACACCACUGACAAUACCAAGUAUGGUCAGCCAGGUUACGGUGCACCGGUCAAUGGCGCUCCACACUACGACCGUGCUACCAACUACUAG